AUGAAAGAUUUAGCUAAAGAAUGUUCAGAACCUGAAAUAACUGAACUUAUAAGUAUGCAUGAACCUUCGAAAAAACUACAAACAUUAUUCGAAAUACAUCAUAAUCGAUAUGAACAGACUCCUCAUCAUAGAUGGAAAGAAACUAGAGAUGCAGUAUUAAGACAACGAAAAGAUGAUGGCGGAACAAAACAACGUUUAUCACAAUUUCCUAUGAUGAAUUUAAAGCAAUAUCCUAAUGUAUUUCGUCAUUUACCAUAUGCGUUUACUGACAUGGCAUUUGUCGAUGAUAUUCAAGCUAAUAAUUGGCAAAAAACCUUUUGGACUUCAACAGAAUUUCAAUGUGUCAUUGCAACCAAAGGAUAA